AUGAGUACGGAGUGUUCAGUAGUAUUCAAUGUAAUUGUUAGAACAUCCCUUUCAUAAGUAGUAGGAGUUGUUGGUAAUUAACCAGAUUUGGGAAACUGGAAUGAGAAAAAAGCAUGUAUUUUAAAAACUGAACCAGCAUCAUUUCCAAAAUGGGUGACUGAAAACCCAAUAAUAUUCUAGAGAGGUAAAGCUAUACAUUAUAUGAAGGAACAAAAUUGCAGUUUAAAUUUGUGAUAAUAGAAAAUGGGAACACAAUUUGGGAAGAAUUGCCAUAAGAUCGUAAAUAUCGAUGCAGAUAUUGGAAAGUUGCUUUGACAGCAGAAUGGAAUAAUUAUGAAGGCAGAGAAUUUAUAGAAAAGAGAUUUAAAUCAAGUGUAUGCUUAAAUCAGGAAGCCUUAAGUAGAGUCACAAGGACUCGAAUGAGUGAUCAAUUUGAUCCUUUUGAUUAAGCAAAAGAUGAUUCUGAGGAUUCCGUGGAAGGAUACGAUAGUUUUGCUAAGGAGAUAGCUGGUGAAAAUGAUACUGAAUCAUCAGAAUCGGAUGAUGAGAAAAAAAAGACCAUUACUGAAAUUAAUAAAGAUAGCAACUUUUAAUCAUUAUAUUAAUAAUAUAAUGAGAAUCCAAAGUUUAGAUAAUUGAAAAAUUUCAAUUAGAAUGAUAUUUUGUACGAAGUCAACGAAGACCCUUUGAUAGGAAUCAGUGAUGAGGAUACUUUACUUGUAUCUACCUUCUAUCUCCCUAUAGUUGUUAUCAAGAAAUCAGAUGGACAAUAUGAAAGCAGAACUUUUUAACAUUCUUUUAGUUUGCAUCUUUUAUUUGGGGUAUAAUAAUUCAAGAGAAUUUGGUUUGGAUUGCCAAUAGUAUUAAACGAGUAAGGGGAGAAAAUCAAUGACACAAGUGAAGCAUUAAAAGACUUUUUGAAAUUAUACGGAUUUGUUCCAGUGUUUGUGGAUUAGGAUUGCUUAGAGUAUUUUAAUCAAGAGUUCUGUACUAAAUUGUAUUAGCCAAUAAUGAACAAUGAUGUAAGCAUAACAAAAUUAGCAGCAUUAGAGUAUUCUGAACAUAUGCAGGAUUGCUUUAAAAAGAUGAAUGACUCAUUCUUCUAAGAAAUGAAACCUUACAUUAAUCAAAGUUCCAUAGCUUUAAUAGCCGACUAUCGAUUAUUAUAUUUAAGUUAGAUCUUUGUUAGUCAUAAAUUCACUCGAUUGCCAAUAGUUAUAUUUUAUAAUAGACUAUUCCCUCAUAUUGAUAAUUUGAAGUUAAUUCCAUUCUAUUUAGAGAUAACAAAUUCAUUUCUACAAGCUAAUGUGGUUUGUUUUAGUAAUUAUGACACUGCUAACGAAUUCUUAUCAACUAUGAAGGAUUUAUACAAGGUAGAAUAUCAUUCAUUCAGGGGAAAUUUGGCAUUUCAUUAUUAUGGCCGAGAAAUCUAUGUAAAAUUGCAAAAUCCAAGUAUAGAAAUUAAAGCAUGUGGAGAGUAUAAGUAAGCUGGGAAAUAUAAUAGAAAUAUCACAGAGAAUGAAAUCAGAAUAGUUGGAGUAGACACUUAUGGACAUCAAUCAGGAGUGGAAUUGAAAUUCAGGCACCUUUUGAAAUUUAUUAAGGAAACUGAUAUCAUUCAGAAGAACCCUCAAAUUAAAUUUAUCUAAAUAUAACUGAAGGUAUUUGAAGACAAUGAUAUAUAAAUUUAAAGAACCUAAUUAAUAAAUUAGAUUUAAUAAAUUAAUCAAUUAUUGUAUCCAAAUAAUGAAGAUUAUUUUAUUAAGUUAAUAGAGGAUGAUAUGGAUUCUAAAUAACGCUUUGAAGAGUUCUCUAAAGCCAACAUGUACUUUUAAUGUCGGUACAGUGGGAGACACGAUUUUUAUCUUCUGGAAUACAUUCAUCUAAACCCUAUGCCUAUAGUUCUGAUAAGUGACUCAAGUUGUUAUCAUAGAGGCUGCCACUCUAUAUCUACGUUUAAUGUAUUUUCUCAUAAGGACUUCAAAGAUAAAUUCUCUGAUCUAUUGGAUAAAAUAAUGAAAAGGUCAUAUCAAUUCACACAAGUUCAUAGACUUUUAGUUGAAAAAGAUUAAUAGCUAAUUCGUUUAAAUUAAACUUCGUAAUGGAUAGAAAAUAUCUUUAUUGAUGCAAAGAAGGCUGCUUCAAUGCUUAAAUUUGCUUAAAUUAGCAUAAGAAAUGAGGAUGAAUAUCUAGUAAAAGUAGCUCAUAAUAUGAAAUUUUUAAAUCUCGAUAUUUAGUAAGUAGCAAGAGCAUAUUAACAAUCAACUAAAGGAAUUAUUCUAUUAGAAUUUGAAUCAAUUCUGAGUGAUCAAUAUGUUCUUGACUAUAAGCCCCAUCAUUUUUUUCAAUAAAGUCCACACAUGAAAGGCAACGAGGAUAUAAUUGUCCUUAGAAAAGUGUAACAAUCAAUUGUGCAGGCCUUAAAAGAAUUAGCAAAGACCCAUAAGGUGUAUAUAAUUUCAAGUGGAUUAUACAAUGAAUUAUCAUCCAAUUUUAAUGGGUCACAUAUCAAUUUGUUUGCAGAGAAUGGUAUUCUAUUUAGAUCAGAUUCAAAUUAAUGGAAUUCCCUCUUUAAUAUAGAUUAUUAAUGCUUAACCCAAGUCAAGAAAGUUUUCAAUUCUUAUGCCUCAAAAACAGAAGGAGUAAUGGUAGAAGUUAAAGAAAGUUCGAUAAGUUGGUAAGUCAAAAAUUAAGAGGAUUAUGCUCAACAACUAAUUCAGGAUCUUGUAGAAAACAUAUAAACUAUAGUUGAACGAUAUCCUAACUUUUAAUUGAUAGUGAAAUCAAACUAUUUAGAGGUCUGUCCAAAGAAUUUGAACAAAGGAAUGAUUUUAGAAUUGAUCAUGCAGAAGGAGUAUCUAUAAAGAGGAAAACUGGAUUUUGCUUUGAUAAUAGCCAGAGGCAUUGAGAAUGAGGAUGUAUUUUCUCAUUUUAAGGUGAUUACCUAAAGUAGAAAAUAUUUUACGGAGGUAUCAAUAUUUUAUUUGAUUUAAUAGAAUGGCAAUCAUUUCUCAGUAUCAUUGGGUCUUGUUCCAUCUUAUGCCAAUUAUUAUCUUAAUUCAUAAUAGGAAGUAAUCGAAUUGUUACGAAUGAUGUGA